UCUCAUAUGGUCGUGACGUCAUAUUCCAGCGACCUCCUCUCGUGUGGAAGGAUUGGAGCAACUUGUCAGCGGACGGAUCUCCGGUGCCCGGUAACAUGGGCACAUCCACGUCAGCGCCAUCUACUCCGCACCCCUCACCUGCUGUAUCAGCAAACACAGACUCUGCCACGUCGCCUCCUCCAGGAUGUCCGAUGCAUCAACAACAGAUGGAAGCGCCAUCUACUCCGCACCCUUCACCUGCUGUAUCAGCAAACACAGACUCUGCCACGUCGCCUCCUCCAGGAUGUCCGAUGCAUCAACAAAAGAUGGAAGCAACAGGAUGUCCAAUGCACAAAGAGGUUCCACAGAAUGCCGAGAGCCAGAGCUGCUCAGGUCCAAGUCAUCAAGAAAGAGCUUAUGAAUUUGUCCAGUGUCCAAUGAGAGAGAAGGCUAAAGAAGAGAUUGACCCCAGCAAUAUGAUGCCGCCUCCAAACCAAACUCCAGCGCCAGAUCAACCCUUCCCACUUUCAUUAACCAGAGAAGAAUCUACUAUACCUCGCGCCAACACGGAUAAAAAUUGGGUCUAUCCAUCAGAGCAAAUGUUUUGGAAUGCAAUGGCCAGAAAGGGGUGGAAAUGGAAGGACGAUGAUAUGGAACCUAAGGAUAUGACUAAUAUAAUCAAGAUUCACAAUCAGAACAAUGAACAGGCCUGGUCUGAAAUCAUGAAAUGGGAAAUGCUCCAUUACAAAGAAUGUCCCUACGGCCCAACCCUUGUUCGAUUUGGUGGUAAAGCAAAGGAGUUUUCCCCCAGGGCACGCAUCCGAUCGUGGAUGGGCUAUGAACUUCCCUUUGACCGCCACGACUGGAUAGUAAACCGCUGUGGACAGGAGGUCCGGUAUGUCAUCGAUUACUACGACGGUGGAGAAGUCGACAAAAACUAUCAGUUCACAAUCUUGGAUGUCCGCCCUGCUUUCGACUCCAUGACGGCAGUCUGGGACAGAAUGAAAGUUGCCUGGUGGCGCUGGACCUCCUAAUGCUUGCGUCCUGGAUUGGUGCGUUCAUUGCCAGAGGUCAUCCCCAUUAAAAAUGCGGCUCAGUAUUUAAUGUGAUGUACAUAAAAAUAAUACUUUUAAAAAUUC